GAUAUGUGUGACACAGAAGAAAAACUUCAGUCUAGUAUAGUAUAUGUAAAAUAUAUUUAUAUUUUCAGGAAAAAUAGUGAAAUACAAUUUCAGCUUUUCAUACCUUUUCUGACUAAUAUCUGUCUAUAUUCAAACGGCUCCAUAAAUUGUACCACUGGGAUAAAUGAGGGUGAUGCAAGCAUUACAUGGGUUAUUGUUUAAAGUUUGAGUUUACAACUUUAAGACAAAGUUAGUGUCAGCUGGUUUAUCUCACUUCACUGAUUGGACUGUUCAUUUCCCUUGAAGAAUUUAAAUUUGCCCUAGAAUAGCAGCGCAGGUUAUUUGGAAGGAAGGGACAUAAUGUUUAAUGUCUUUUUUAAUAUAAUUUUUUGUCUUAACAAUGGGAAGAAGAACUUUAAUCGUGAUGGAUAACAAUUCUGUGGUUUUUACUCUGACACCUUUAAAUCUCACAGCUAAUAACAGGCUGACUAUUUUUGCUUUGACUUGUAUGUGUUACUGUGUAAUUUGGAUGGCGAAUGUGACUAUUAUAGUGACAAUAAUUGUCAACAAGAACCUCCAUGAGCCCAUGUACAUCUUCCUCUGUAAUCUGUGCAUUAACGGACUCUAUGGAACAGCAGGUUUUUACCCAAAAUUCCUCCAAGCGCUUCUGUCUUCCACUCAUGUCAUUUCUUAUGCUGGUUGUAUGCUGCAGGGGUUUGUGUUGCACUCUUCAUCUUGUGCAGAUUUGUCUCUCCUUUUGCUCAUGGCCUUUGACAGGUAUGUGGCAAUAUGUCAUCCUCUGAACUACAACUCUGUGAUGACUAAAGAAAAAGUUGGCAUUUUUGUGUUUCUUGCUUGGUUUGUGCCAAUCCAUUUGGUGUUGAUUGGAUCCAUAACAACAGCACUGCCAAGACUGUGUGGUUCCCAUAUACCAAGAAUAUACUGCAUUAAUUUAAUGGUUGGGAAAUUAGCGUGUACUGCCUCAGUGGCAACUGUUAUUGUACCUGCUUUUAACUACACCAUUUAUUUUUUUCAUUUUGUUUUCAUUUUAUUUUCUUAUGGUUCUUUGAUAAAAAACUGCCUAAAGUCUCAUGAAAACAGAAAUAAGUUCAUGCAAACAUGUCUGCCACAUGUCAUAUGCCUGUUUAUUUUUAUCUUCAGUGCAGGACUUGAUCUUUUGUACAUAAGAUAUGGCAACACAAACUUAUCACAAAGUGUGAAAAAUUUCAUGGCAAUCGCAUACAUACUUAUUCCUCCAAUCACACAUCCUCUAAUCUAUGGUAUGAAAUUGACACAAAUUAGAAAAAGUAUUGUGCAAUUCUUCCUGAAAUAA